GUCCACUUACAGAGAGGGUGACUCGUAAACGAAAGAGUCGAACGGUUCGCACACGGUGUUCGUCUUCUUGUUCCGCUCGUAACUCUUCGCUUUCAAAGAAACACGCUAGCCAGCGAACUGUCAGCGGAAGGCCGAAGCGCGCGAUCGUUGGAAGCGGUGUUCGCGCUCUAAGUUACCGCGCCACGCGUAUCAGUCGCUCGGCUGAUCGUCGAACGAUUCGGCCGUGUUGUUGUUGCUGCUGCUGCUGCUGCUGCUGCUGCCGCCGCGGCUCGCAACCGUGAAAACCGCACGUGGCUCGAAUACCGCGUUAACGACGUUCGCAUCGAAAUCCGUACGCGUGGUCCCCGGGUCGUGACCCCUUCCAGGGAAGAUGGCAGCUGGACUUUUAUCAUGCUUUCUCGGCGUCGUUCUGAUCGCCAUGACCGAUGCUGCAGUGAUCGAACACACCGUCCGCAAGGUUACGGACUGCGAUAGUGAAGUCUAUUGCACUGGGGAUUUAUUGAAGACGGUACAGCUUGCUGAGAUCUUUAACGAUAGCAAGACAUUCGUUGAUCUCUAUCAAGUGAACGAUCCACAAAUAACUCUGGCCAAUUUCCACAAUUUGAUGAAGUCGACGCAAAAUAACCCUAGCAGGAACCAAAUAAAGCAGUUCGUUAGCGAGAAUUUCGAAUCGGUGAACGAACUGUUAAACUGGACACUGCCUGAUUGGACGGACAAUCCUACCGUCCUGAGCCGGAUCCUGGACUCGAAGUACCGCGAAUGGGCCAGGCACCUGAACCAAAUUUGGAAGGACCUGGCUAGGAAGAUGAACCCCAAUGUGAAGGAGCAUCCCGAGAGACACAGUCUUAUCUACGUGGAAAACGGAUUCAUUAUUCCUGGUGGUCGAUUCAAAGAGUUCUAUUACUGGGACAGUUACUGGGUGAUCGAGGGACUGCUUUUAUCCGACAUGUAUCAAACUGCCAAGGGGAUGAUAGACAACUUUGUGUACAUGGUGGAAAGAUAUGGUUUCAUACCCAACGGUGGCAGAAUUUAUUACCUUAUGAGAAGCCAACCGCCCCUGUUACAUCUCAUGGUUUCGAGGUAUUUGGAGUUCACCGACGACAUUCUCUACCUUCGGAAAAUUAUACCUUUGCUGGAGAAGGAGUUCAGCUUCUGGCAGCAAGAGAAGACGAUCAACGUCGUGAAAAACGGAAAGACGUACAAGAUGGGACACUACGUCGUCAACAGCACCAGGCCUCGACCGGAAAGCUACAAGGAGGACUACAGGCUGGCUCAAUUAUUGCCAGAAAAGUCGCGCGAUUUCUUCUACAACAAUAUAAAAGCGGGCGCCGAAAGUGGCUGGGACUUUUCCAACAGGUGGUGCAUAGGGAACAACAAGACCGGGAUGCUCAGUUUGCUGAACAUCUCCACGCAGUAUAUUAUACCUGUCGACCUUAAUGCGAUUCUGCAGCAAAACGCCCGGCUGCUAGGCGAAUUUCACACUCUGUUGGGAAACAAUGCGAAGGCGCAGUAUUAUGCAAAGAUAGCCUCGGAAUUCCAAAUGGCGAUAGAUAAUGUCCUGUGGAACGCUGAGGAAGGAAUAUGGAUGGAUUACGAUGUGCAAAAUGAAGAACCGAGGAGAGCGUUCUAUCCCAGCAACCUCACUCCGUUGUACACGAGGAGUUACAACCGUCAGCAACGCGAGCAGUACGCGUUGUCCGCCGUGAAGUAUCUGAAAUCGCAAAACAUCGACCACUUCUUUGGUGGUACGCCCACGUCGUUGAAGCAAACGGGAGAACAAUGGGAUUUCCCGAACGCCUGGCCACCGUUGCAGUCGUUCAUCGUGAUGGGUCUCUAUUGGACAGGGGUCACGGAAGCGAUGGACUCUGCCCACGAAUUGGCUCAGAGAUGGCUCGCCUCUAAUUACAUCGGCUUCAUGGAGACCGGACACAUGUUCGAGAAGUACGACUCGAUCGACCCCGGCAGGGGUGGCGGCGGUGGCGAGUACAAUGUACAAACGGGAUUUGGAUGGUCGAACGGCGUGGUCCUUGAGUUUCUUAACACCUUCCCGGCCAUCAGCCUUGAGCAAAGUUAGUUGGACGGACUUUAGCAGUUAUGUUCGCAGGUUUUAUUGAUGACGCGAUUUUCCAACGAAUCUAGUCUAAACGGAAAACAGGGCGCAAAAAAGGAAACAAGAAAAACCCACCGUUUGCUCGACUCAAGUCAAUGUAUCUAUACAAUAUAAGAGAGUUACUCUCUGCCUCCUUACGAAUCGCCUCGUCGGUGAACUGUUAUUCUUACCUGUGGUAAAGUUAGAUAUUUAUACCAUAAUUAAAUUCCACGAAACGGUUUGGCAUAGCCAUUUGCUGUAACAUUAAUACUAGAGAAAAAGAUUUAAAAAUAUUUACUGUAAAAUUGUUAACUUACGUGACGACCAAUAUUUUCUAUAUUUAUCAAAUUUUAAUAAUUGUUAAUAAUCUAAUAAGGUUAUUUUAUAUAACCGAUGUUAUUAGAAGCGUGUAUGAAUACUAUCUUUUUUUCUUAGUACGGUUGAACAAUUCCGUGCAUCGAUGUCAGUGACAUCGUUUCGCGAACCAGUAAUUUUUAGUCGACGAUGAUGAAACACGGGCACAAAAAGGCAUAAUGAUUGCGUACGAAACUCGUCAGUAUUCUAAUUUAAUUGCUAGCUGUAAGUUAGUACCGUGCGUUAACAAAAAAAUUAACAUGCAUUUUUUUGUUUCUGGAGAAUGACGCUGGCGGCAAACCUCCGAUACAUGCAUAUAAUUUUAAUUUGUGUAUCCGUUACUUUCGAAGAGUGAAUCAUCUCAAUGGGAUGUAAAUUUGAACUGUGUGAAACUUUGAAAGGUAAAUCGCAUAUGUAUAAAAGUAAUAAAAAAAGAAAGGAAAUUGGUACGGA